UUUCAGGAAGUGAAUCACAGCCGAUUGUGCUCUCUAGAAAAGCAUGAUAGAUUUGACAAAUUUAUGAUUUGAAAUCAAAGACAUUGAAGGAAAAAACACAUGGAGAACUGGAGCCUUAUUUCCCUGUGCGUGCUGCUCGGUUUAACGACGAGAUGGGCUGUGUCUUUUAACUCUUACUCAGGUGCAGGUAAACCACCAAUGUUCGGUGACUAUGAGGCACAGAGACACUGGCAAGAAGUGACUUACAAUCUACCUGUUCAAGAAUGGUACUUUAAUACUACAAAUAAUGAUUUGAACUAUUGGGGUCUUGACUAUCCUCCUCUGACAGCAUAUCAUAGUCUGGUGUGUGCAUAUGUAGCAAAGCUACUCAAUCCUGACUGGGUAGAGUUGCAUGCAUCUAGAGGUUAUGAAAGCCACUCUCAUAAGUUGUUCAUGAGGACAACAGUUUUGUUUGCAGAUAUUUUAAUCUACAUUCCAGCAGUCCUGCUUUACUGCUUCUAUCUCUGUGAUGGGUCCCCUAAACAAAAAGUCGCCACAGCCUUCUGCAUACUUCUGUAUCCAGGACUUAUACUGAUUGACUAUGGCCAUUUUCAGUAUAACUGUGUGAGCCUGGGUCUUGCCCUGUGGGGCAUUUUGGGACUUGGUUUAGGUUGGGACGUCUUUGGUUCUUUGGCCUUCACCCUUGCCCUCAAUUACAAACAAAUGCAAUUGUACCACUCACUGCCUUUCUUCUGCUACCUCCUGGGAAAGUGUAUUAAACAGGGCCUUACUGGCCGAGGACUUUUUCUACUGGCCAAGAUCUCGUUGACUGUAAUAGCGACCUUUGCCCUCUGUUGGCUGCCCUUUUUGUCCGACCCACAUCAACUUCUACAGGUUCUUCAUCGCCUUUUUCCCAUCUACCGUGGUCUGUUUGAGGAUAAAGUGGCUAACACAUGGUGCAGCUUGAAUGUGCUGAUAAAGAUCAAGACCCUGCUGUCCAGAGAGACUCAGCUGUUCCUCAGUUUUGCUCUCACUCUCUUGUUCAUCCUGCCUUCAUCGUUAAAAUUGCUAUCCAAACCUACUCUAUGGCAGUUCAAGCUCGCUCUGGUGAACUCCUCCCUGGCAUUCUUCCUUUUCUCCUUCCAAGUCCAUGAGAAGUCCAUCCUUCUAGCAGCCUUGCCAGUUUGUCUUGUCAUCAAUGAAAUCCCUCUGAUUGCCAUCUGGUUUUUGUUAACGUCAACUUUCAGCAUGCUCCCCCUGCUGUUGAAGGACGGUUUACUGUUGCCGUAUGUGGUGACCUCAUUGGCAUUCCUCUUUCUGGGUCUCUAUCUGCUCGCUGCAUUAGAGAGAAGUACAGAUGAAGAGCUCAGGCUGGGCCUGUACCUCAAAGUCUCUCGGUACUGUCUGCCUAAACUCAACCUUAGCCAGAUCAUCAAAUGGAAAUUCUGGUUUUCACUGGUGGCCAUGGCUGUUUUGAGCUUUGCGAGCGUGUGUUUGGAGCCCCCAACAAAGUUGCCCGAUCUGUUUCCAGUGCUGGUCUCCAUCCUCUCCUUUCUCCAUUUUCUGGGAUUUGUCAUAUAUUUCAACGUAGUCCAGUUUUCGGAACCACAGAGGAAAAAGAGCCAAAAGAAAACAAACUGAAACAUGCCUUCAAAGAAAAAAACCCAAACAGUGCAAAGAACAAAAUUAUGGCAAAAGGAGAGGAGAAUCCCUUGUGUCAGAAUAAAACCGGAUGGGAAUAUUUGAGAAAAUUCAAUUUCCCCUUAAUGAGGUUUGCCCGAGUUGAGAAUAGUAAUUCCAAUGAAAGGGGAUGCAGUUCUGCCAGACUUUCUCUCACUUGUAUGCCUUCGAUCAUUUCAGUUAAUGGGAUAUUGGGAUUGUAUAAAUGACCAGUUUGUAAGGGACCAUUUGUGUUGACAUAAUUUUUUAUUAACAUUUUUUAUAAACAAUGUUUUUGUACCAAAUGAAAAUGUCUCUCUUGUAUCUGAACGUGGGUAUCAAGGUUUUUUAAAUGACAACAACAAUGUUAUUGAGCCAAAAGUCACCAAAUAAAUUAACUUGGAAAAACUCUCAUUUUUGAUGAUAAUUGUGGUGAAG